AUGUCGUACCAAUAUCCCCCGCCGCCUCCUCUCGGUGCCGAGAGGGACAUGUCACACCCAGCCUAUGCUCCCACCUACCAUACGCCUCAACCUCCUUCCUCGAUUGGAUCUUUCCCGACGCCAGGUGCUAGACCGACACAAUCAUCAAGCUCUGAGCUGUACCAUCAGCACUCUCUGCUAGGAAGUGCGGCAGACAAAAAGCGAAGCAGGCUCGGAUAUCAUCGAACAACGGUCGCUUGCGGUAACUGCCGACGACGAAAGAUCAGAUGCGCUCCUGAGCCUAGCGAUGAUCAAAAUCGAUGCACCAACUGCAUUCGCCUGAAGAAGGACUGCAGCUAUUAUCCCGUCGACCAACCUCCGCCAGCCGAAUCUCAAGGCAAGCAGACACCAAUGCCAUCGAAGGGACCAUCAGCCUCAUCGUCACCAGCAGCAUCGAGCGGGAACCUUGCAGAGCUGCCAAAAAGCCAACCAUUCUGCCCCGUACCGAAACAAAGCUCAAAGAUCCCAUUCUCGACAGUCAAGUCUAGCAGCGCCGAGGUGUUCCCCCCUGACGCAAAAGUACCCUUGGGAUCAUCCACCAAUCGAUCGCUCGACGUUGAAGACCGACCGGGAGGAAACUGGGACCCGGCAGAUGUAAGCCAAAGCCCAGGCUCUAAACCGGCAGACUUGAAUCAAACUUGGCGAGGAUAUCCUCCGGAAUCUCCAAUGAGUGCCCAGUACUCUCCAUUCGGCCCUGGACCUCCAUCAGCUACAUGGACAUCCGCAGACUCGGAACCAGGGUCUCGAGGAGACAUGCCAUGGGGAAAUUACCCGCCACCUGUUCGCUCGAUGUCUUACGGGGGCGAGUCCCUGGCAAGUCACCACUCUAUACAUUUCCCCCCGGGACACCAAAGUCAGCAAUUUGACCGGAGGGCAUCCACCCUUUCUGACGUAUACACCCCGUCCAUGGGAGCGCCUCCCCCACAGGUAUUUGGGGCAUGGAAUGAACCGCAGCAGCCCCAACAGCACCCAGAUUAUUCCUGCCUAGAGGCUUGGGGGUAUGGGGAGAAUGAGCCGGGCCAACUAAUGCACGCCGAGCCUGGACAACUUGGCGACAGCGAACCUCCACCAGGUACUUACUAUGGUGCUAGCUGA